ACUGCCUCCGCUCACCAUUAUGCAUACAUGAAGUUGUGUCUUGAAGAAAGAGACAGAGUUUGAAAAGCAUGCAUCCUCCUCUCAAAUCUUGGUGCCUUUGGUCUGAUUACAACGUUACAUUAUCUGUCUUGAGCACAAUACUCGAAAAGGCAGAAUAGCGUUGGUUACCACGUUGAAUCUCGCCCGCACGCGAGCGACCCAAUGGCGAGCGGCGAGUAUAGCGCAAAUGAGAACGAUAUGACAAUUGGAUCCGAUUCAAACAGUAGCUUCAUCAGUUUAAGGCACAAUAAUUACUGCCAAGAUCGUGGCUUGCAUCUUUCGUUUGGAGGCAAUGAUCACAGCAUUAGGAAAUAAUGCAGAGAUGAGCGACAAUUUCGUAAGGUUUCGAAUGUUAUCGACACUAGACUUUGGUGAAACACAAAAAGUAGUCACCACAAAGCGUAAGAUCCAUUUCUAUUAUUGGGAUAGUCAUACUACGGCAUUUUUCGCGCGAUCAAAAGAGAACAACUUCGACCGCUUUUAUGUUUGGAAGAGCUACAAUGCUACAAUACUACCACUGUUCGUCCCGAUCCAAGUCAAGAAUCGACAGACUUUUGCACAUAUAUUUCAAGCGCAAACAACGAACAGAAUGAUUUGACUCUGAUACUAACUGCGCGCGAUCAGGUAAUACAAGGAAAACGAGAGUAGAAAGGCAUUAAAGCUCCAGACUAAGCUGUGCGUUUGCAAAAUGACUGAUUCGGACCGAUAAGCAACUGCUUUUUCUUACAAUCAUACUAAAAUGUGUG